AUGCUCCGCAAACGAAUUUCUCGGUGGACUUCUAAGUCUGAUGGGGGAGAGCAAGCUUUUUGCGCUUUUCCUGAAAGUUUCUGGCAUAGUUAUAUUGAGUUGCUUGGCAAUGACACGAGCCAUGGUCAUAAGGACAUCACGCCGCCGAACUUGACAAAAUACCAUGCCCACUCUGCCGCUGUUCUUCAGAUCAAAUCGUUUUUCGCGUCCGAACAGCUGCAGCCUUCCACCAGCCAGAUUAUUGUUUCACUUAAGUCGCCGUUUCUGCAGGGAGAUGUGGUCAAGGCGUAUCAUCUAAUACGGUACUUCCAGCUCAGUGAUGUGGGAUUUUUCAUCACAAAUGACGGCUUCGAUCGUGUGGGCUCUCCGAUCCAGCUUCAAGGCGCGGAGAACUGGAAUCACGUCAUGUGCUAUUUCGAUGCGUUGCUCUUCUCGAUGUUUGCCAAUCUUGAGAGCUUCGAGCCCAUCUUGUUCGUGCUGAAUCAGCACCCCAAUGCAUUGGUCACCCAGCUCCUGUGUCUCCUCCGGUUGUAUGUGAAUCUUAUGCGGCUGGGAAAUUUGAUCACCACCGACAUCACCCAAAAGAUUUGUGAGUGUUUGGCUAAACUAGGCUUUACCGAUGCCCUCAGUCAUCGCCAACAAGAUUGUGCGCCACUUUUCGAGUUUCUCACCGAAAUAUUGGCCAUGCCUCUCUUGACUUUUCGUGUGGAGAUCCAGCACUCAGGGAAGCAGGAUAAUGAUGACAGAAAGUAUUCCAAAGAGCGCAUUUUGUUCGUGUCGAUCCCAGAAGAUGAUGCGUCAGAUGAACCCAUCUUGUUGGAGGAAUGCCUCGAGCAUUACUUCAACAACUCGAUUUCUGUCAAACGAGAAUUGCAACGAAGAGCCACUAUUGAGGAGCAAAAAUUAUCCGCACAGCCCAUGGAACUCGCUGGGAGUUCCAUGCUGGAGCUAGUGUCAAAUACAGAGUCCGAAUCGGCUGAGAAGUCCCGCUCCAGCACUUCUCUCCCAUUUGUCAAUGGUCACAGCAACCCUGUGGCUGCCCCUUCAAAAAGCCGGGUUCAAGUCCGCACUCGCUCCUCCACGCUUUCGAUAUGGUCCGUCUCUAGUCUUGAGUCCAAGCCGCGUGAGGUGAUGCUUCCGGCGUGGAUGCUUUUGCGCCUCUUACCAUUUUAUACCGACGACAAUGAGCUAAACAAUGCCAACGAAAGCGUCGCUAGAAACACACAUGAAUUUGCAAACCGCCGGCCGGUUUUGCCAAUAUGCUUGAAGCGAUACUCUUUCUCGUCCUCCGACAAAUCGACAAAUAGGUCUCGCAGAAAGAUUGUCAUUCCCCCAGUGAUUGACUUGCCGCUGUUUGUGGCAGACGAUGCAAGUGACCUGAAAGACAACAGCUUGAGUUUCAAAUUGAUUUUGGAGAGCGCAGUGUGCCAUAGAGGCACCGUCAUCCAGUCCGGACAUUUUGUUUCUGCUGUUCGUAAAAAUGCUCACGUUGAGAAUGAGUCUCUUGAAAAUUCCCUUGAUGCUUCUUGGUUCUUGUACGAUGACAUGAGUCCGACCAGAGUUGUCACAAAAACUUUCAGAGAGAUUUUUGAGAGGGAGUGGCCAUAUUUGCUCUUCUAUCGAUUGGUUCCCAGUGAUUCAUCUGGAGCACUAGACCGAUUCAAACUGGAUUCCACCAGUAAUUUUGACCCUAGUCCUAUACUUGCUCCAAAGGGUCAUAGGUCAAAGUUUUGGGCCGAAGAAACUCUUUCACCCAUUCUCUCCUUAUCAGAGGAAGGCCGUUCUCAUACGCUAAAUAUAUCAGAGCUGACUAUCGACUCAUUUAUAAAUUUUCCAAGUGCAAGCGUACCCAUUCCUGAAUCUUUUCCAGGAAACCCUGAUUUCGUUGACAUUCGAAAAAGGUACCUAUGGUAUGUCACAGAUAAAGACAAAAACUACUACAAAGAGAGUGCGUCACUUUCAAAGACCGGGAGUCGAAACAUGAGUAUCAGUGUGACUCCGCAAUACAGGCGGAAUAGUCAAUGGAGUGACACGUCUGAUAUCAGUGGGCUUUCGCUCAAUGGAGAGCCCUCACUGAUUUCAAACCCUAAAUUGCCCACAGACGCUUCUAAGAUUAAAGUGGAUGUACAUGUCACAGGUCCCAAUGAAGAAGUCAAACCAAAGAAGGAUAUAAAUAUUCUGCCGAAACCAAAGACCAGUUUUCCAGACCCCACACCCCAGGAAAACAAACUCGAGGAGACCAACAUCAAAGAAACCAUAAUCAAGGAAAAGACAACAAAACAAAACAAAAUCAAAGACAACAAAAUCAAGGAACACAAGCUUCAUUUACAUCGCAUAUUUUCUCACGAGAAAAAUGGACCGCCAUCUUUACCCAAAAGUCACGUCAGGAAAAGACAUGCUGAGUACAAGAAGGAAAAGUGCUCGAUUGUGUGA